CCUCUAGCUCCGUGUCCUCCCCCCGGGACCGGGCUGCGCUCCUGCCCGGUUAAACGGGCUCGAGGAGCGCGGCGCAGCCCCGCAGCAUGGGGACGGCGGCGAGGGCUGCCCGCCCCGCUCCCGGCCGUGCCCAGGGCAAGAGCCAGCUGCAAAGUUCCAACUAGAAAAGCCAAUACACGGCAGGAGGCUCGGGCAGCCCCGGCGCCGGGAGAGGCAGCCUGCGGGUGUCAGCCCGCUCCCCAGCCUGGGCUUUGCCACUCUGGGUCGCCUCCUGAUUUAAAGCUUUGCACCAAUCCCCUUUGCCCGGGAAGGAGAGGAGAUCUAGAAAGAUGCCAGGCUGCGAAAAGGGACCGCGAUUCCCAGCGCCGGUACCACGCGCUGCCUGGCCAAGGAGAGCCAAAGUUGCUGAGAGGAACGGGAAGAGGGUGCUCCAGAGAGGAGGGAGAGGGAAGGGGAUCACCGCUUGGUGACCGCAGUCUUCUCCUUCCCGUUGUUCCCCUCUUCUCCUUCUCCCUCCAAGCCUUAACCCUGUCCGCUUAGGAGGCCUUGAUGAGUUUCCAUCGGGAUCCGAUCCAAGGUGGGGGGGAGAAAGCUUGACUGUUCCCAAAGGAAGCGGCUCGGCACGAGUUUGGGGGGUGAGACUCCCCGGUGGAUGUUUAACGAGCACAUCGGGAGCCCCGCGAUGCGCGGGAGCAGCCGGAGACCCUCGCUGGGACACACCUUCCUGGCACGGUAGAAGAUCUUGCUGGAGAAGAAUCAACACAGCAACGGGCUCAAUUACUUCCGAGUUUCCUGUGUAAGAUCUGUCAAGCAAAUGCUAUCACCACGUCUGUGAGUAGGUCCAGUGGAAAGACUUGUUGGCUUGUUCUUCACUGACUUGUGGAACAGAACUUCAAAUUUAGCAAUGGAUCAGAAGGAUUGAAGAGCACUUUUGCUCCCAUCAAUGUUUCUUACAGCUGCUAAAACAGGACCAAUGAAGAUGUUCACCAGACUCCAAGUCCUUGCGUUAGCUUUAUUUUCCAAAGGAGUUUUCCUUUCCCUAAGUGACCACAGCUUUGUGAGGAAGGAAAUUAAGAUAGAAGGAGAUCUGGUCUUAGGAGGCUUAUUCCCAAUCAACGAAAAAGGUACUGGGAUAGAAGAAUGUGGGAGAAUCAAUGAAGACCGAGGCAUCCAACGCUUGGAGGCCAUGUUGUUUGCCAUUGAUGAAAUCAACAGAGACAACUACUUGCUGCCCGGGAUUAAGCUUGGAGUUCAUAUCUUGGACACGUGCUCCAGGGAUACGUAUGCCUUAGAACAGUCUUUGGAGUUCGUCAGGGCAUCUUUGACUAAAGUGGAUGAAACAGAGUAUAUGUGUCCUGAUGGUUCAUAUGCCAUUCAAGAGAAUUUACCAUUACUCAUUGCAGGAGUCAUAGGUGGUUCCUAUAGCAGCGUCUCCAUACAGGUGGCAAAUUUGCUCAGACUCUUCCAGAUCCCCCAGAUAAGCUAUGCCUCCACCAGUGCCAAGCUGAGUGACAAAUCCCGCUAUGACUAUUUCGCACGGACAGUGCCGCCUGACUUCUACCAAGCAAAAGCCAUGGCUGAAAUCUUACGGUACUUCAACUGGACUUACGUGUCAACGGUGGCUUCAGAGGGAGACUAUGGUGAGACAGGGAUCGAAGCCUUCGAGCAGGAAGCUCGCCUCCGUAACAUCUGCAUUGCCACCUCUGAGAAAGUGGGACGGUCCAACAUCAGGAAGUCCUAUGACGGCGUGAUUAGAGAACUGCUGCAGAAACCCAACGCUCGAGUGGUGGUGCUCUUCAUGCGAGCUGAUGACUCUCGGGAGCUCAUUGCAGCUGCAAACCGAUUCAAUGUUUCCUUUACCUGGAUCGCCAGCGAUGGAUGGGGAGCACAAGAGAGUAUUGUCAAGGGCAAUGAGCACAUAGCCUCCGGGGCAAUAACCUUGGAACUUGCUUCCCAUCCAGUUAAAGAGUUUGACAGAUAUUUCCAAAGCCUCAGCCCUUACAAUAACAGACGCAACCCCUGGUUCAAGGACUUCUGGGAGCAAAAAUUUCAGUGUAAUCUCCAGAACCGAAAACCACAUAAAAAGGCUUGUGAUAAGCACUUCACCAUCAACAGUUCCAACUAUGAGCAAGAAUCCAAGAUCAUGUUUGUUGUGAAUGCUGUGUAUGCGAUGGCCCAUGCCUUGCAUAAAAUGCAGAGGACUCUGUGUCCAAAUACCACCAAACUCUGUGAUGCCAUGAAGCAUCUGGAUGGCAGGAAGCUGUACAAAGAUUAUCUCCUGAAAGUAAAUUUUACAGCUCCAUUCAACCCUCCCAAUGCUGCAGACAGUACAGUCAAAUUUGAUGCCUAUGGAGAUGGGAUAGGAAGAUACAACGUGUUCAAUUUCCAAUAUACUGGAGGCAGAUACUCCUACGUGAAAGUUGGUCACUGGGCAGAAACCUUAUCACUUGAAGCAGACUCUAUCCACUGGUCCAGGAACUCUGUCCCUGUCUCCCAGUGCAGCGACCCUUGCGCUCCUAACGAGAUGAAGAAUAUGCAGCCAGGAGAUGUCUGCUGCUGGAUUUGUAUUCCCUGUGAAACCUAUGAAUACCUGGCUGAUGAAUUCACCUGUGCAGACUGUGGGCCUGGAAAAUGGCCCACAGCUGACCUGACUGGCUGUUACGACCUACCAGAGGACUACAUCAAGUGGGAAGAUGCUUGGGCAAUAGGUCCUGUUACCAUUGCAUGCCUGGGCUUUAUUUGUACUUUUAUGGUCAUUGCAGUGUUCAUCAAGCACAACAAUACUCCCCUGGUCAAAGCCUCUGGCCGUGAACUGUGCUACAUAUUGCUCUUUGGGGUCUUCCUGUCUUACAGCAUGACUUUCUUCUUCAUAGCCAAGCCUUCUCCAGCUAUCUGCACCCUGCGUCGUUUGGGGUUAGGAAGUUCCUUUGCUGUUUGCUACUCUGCCCUUCUGACAAAAACAAACUGCAUAGCCAGAAUAUUUGAUGGCGUAAAGAAUGGUGCUCAAAGGCCGAAGUUCAUCAGUCCCAGCUCUCAGGUUUUCAUCUGCCUGAGUCUCAUUUUGGUACAGAUUGUGAUGGUGUCCGUGUGGCUUAUCUUGGAGGCCCCUGGCACCAGGCGGUACACUCUUCCUGAGAAGAGAGAGACUGUCAUAUUGAAAUGCAAUGUCAAAGAUUCCAGUAUGUUAAUCUCCUUAACAUAUGAUGUAAUCCUCGUAGUCUUAUGCACUGUAUAUGCCUUCAAAACAAGGAAAUGUCCAGAGAACUUCAAUGAAGCCAAGUUUAUCGGUUUCACAAUGUACACAACGUGCAUCAUUUGGCUGGCCUUUCUCCCCAUAUUUUAUGUGACAUCCAGUGACUACAGAGUGCAAACCACCACUAUGUGCAUCUCUGUGAGUCUGAGUGGUUUUGUUGUGCUGGGCUGCUUGUUCGCGCCCAAGGUGCACAUCAUCCUCUUCCAGCCCCAGAAGAACGUGGUCACUCACAGACUCCAUCUCAACAGGUUCAGCGUCAGUGGGACCGGGACCACUUACUCUCAGUAACAUGGCAAGACAUGGGCCUGGAAAUAGGAGUCCAUCAUAUACAAAAGGAAAAGCCCUAUAGUUUCCAUCCAGUGCAAUUAUUUGGGAAAAUAACACUGAAAAUUCAUUUUCAUUCACGGCACCAAUAUUUUUAAGAAGGAAAAUUUUCGUUUAGUCCUUCCCAUUUAUUAGUACAUGAAUUGAAAUAAAAUUUCAUUUAAUUUUUUUAAUUGUUUAGUCACUUACAUACCCCCCAAAACAGAUUGUCAUCCAAAUGGAUUCUAAUCCAUGUCUAAAACAUUCAUCAGUCCCCGGGGUGUGUGCUUGUUUCUAUUUUGGUCUUGAUGGUUUUCAUCAGUCAAAAACCACUUAAUAUGAGACUGAUCAAAAUUAACUUCAUUCCAGGGCAUUCUAGUAAGAGCAGCAUCUGAAAACUCAGCUCUUGUUCAUUGUCAGAGCUUUAGAGGACAGGAAUACCCAAGUUGCUUUAGUGGGCGGCAAGUUUCCCUUCUCCAUGGAUUCCCACCUCCAUGGCGUCUCGGGACUCCCACUACUUUUUCACUCCAUCAGUCAUUAAUGGCAUAAGCAUACUGGGUCAUGAACAGCAAAUAACUCACAGACAGUUUUUAACACAGUUCCUUGAACUGUAAAACACUGUAGAAAAGGUAAGUGAUAUUCAUGAUGCUCUUGAGUAGUGUUAAGUAUAAGCUCUAAACGUGUAUUGCAAUUACAUCCCUAAAUUGAGCAGUGGAAGGAGAGCCUGAGUCAUAUAAGCUGCAGUGCAGUAAAGGUCAUGAGAGCUAAACUGUAGUAAUCCGAAUGCAGCUCUUCUUCCUUGCUACUUGCU